UAGGUCUUCGUCCGCAAGUUUAUAAAAAGUCCGCAAAUUUCAGCCCGCAAGUUUUAAUCCGCAAUUUUCCUCCCUUUUUAAAAAUGUGUCGAUUUUCUGGGUUAAUUUUACUUAAUAUUUAUAUGUUUUUCACAUUCUUUUCAUUAAUUUCUCUAUUUUUUUUCUUCCCCCCUCCAUUUACUUUUCUUUAUAAUCAAUCUUUUUUGCAAAGUUAAUAAUAUAUUCAAUUACCUUUUCUCUAAAUUAAUUAUUUUUCAUUCACAUUUUUUAUAAAAAGCGCAUGAUUAAGACUUGAAAAAGGUUGAAAAAUUUUGGAAAAUUUUUGAAAAUUUUUUAGAAAAUUUCUUGAAAAAUUUCCAAAAAAAUUUUUUAGACUUUAGAAAAAAUUUUUUUUAUUUUUUGAAAAUUUUUGGAAAUUUUUUGAAAAAUUUUUUUGAAAAUUUUUCGAAUAAAAAAUUUUCGAAAAUUUUGAAAUUUUUUAGACCUAAAAAAAUUUUUUUUCAGAAUUUUCAAAACCCUAAAAAAUGGCCACAACCAAUUCCAUAACCUCCUCAACAUCAACCACAACAUUGUCUCCUUUUGAUAUUACCACCAACUCUACAACAACUUAUUUACCUUUAAAUAAUCAAUUAAUUCCGCCUGCUUCUUCAAAUUUAAUAUUACCUUCAGAAAGGUUUUACAAUCCAAGUUUAUUUAAUUUGAGUCAACAACAACAAGUUUAUAAUGCUUCAGAAGCGUUGCCUGGAUUAUUGGCUUCAAUUUUACAAAAUCGUGACCAACACCACUCUGCUUCAACCUCUUCUCUUCCCCUAUUUUGUGAAUUAACUUCUAAUUCUCUACUCUCUCAACAGCAGCAAUUACUUGCGUUAAUUAGGCAGCAAAAUCAAUCUUCUCCAAUUUCACAAUUUUAUUCAACAACAGACUUGACACAACAAAAUUAUUUUAAUGGAAUACAGGCAAAUGCAUUUGAAAGCCUUACUCUCGCAAAUUAUCAAAAACUUGCUGCAAACAGAAAUGUGGGAAUAAAAUCUGAGGUGACUUCGCCAGCAUCACAAAUUAACGGAAUUGAAGCAUUAAAUAUUCCUCCAACUAUUAAUAAUUUAAAUAAUAAUUUUUCAACAAAUAAACAACAAAAUUUGGCCUCUUUGGAACAACAAUUGCUUGUUCUCCUUAAUCUCCAACAACAACAACCCCAACAUUCCCAAACUGAUUGUACUUCAAAUCCUAAUAAUUUAAAUGUUGCAACAGUAAUUAAUGAUGUUUUUGGAACAAGAGAAAAUUUGAUAAAAAAUUCUGCAAAUUUACAGCAACAAAGUACUCAACAAAAUUCUUUGGAGUCUUUCCAUUUUAAGGAUGAUAAGAUCCAGGAACGCAAAAAUUGCUCAAUUCGACGAAGCUCUUCUUCCGUCUCCUAUUACAAAACUUGUAGUAAUUCUAAUGCAGAUGUUAGUGAACACUUUAAAAGAACAUUUUCUGGGAAAUGGCCAAAGAGGACAUCAACAUCUUUGCGUUUUGGAAGGAGUGGAGGGAGUAGUGGGGCCACAAUAAUUUCGAAAAAUUCGAAUAAAGAGGGUAUUAAAGAAGGAUUUGAAGAAAAUAGUCAAGAUAAGGAUUUAUUAAUGGAAGUAAAAACAGAAGAAAAGGAGGAAAUGGAGAAGAUAUUGACAAUAAAAAGGGAAGAAAAGAGUCCUUUGAGUACUUUUAAAAAUGAAGAGAUUUUACAAGGAAAAGUAUCUAGUGGGAUAAAUUGUCAUCUUGGUCAAAGAGUUGGAUAUACAGUUAUUAGAAGGCUUAAUUUGGCUAGUGAAGAUAAACAAGUGGAGGAACACUUUCGCAAAUCCUUGGGAGAUGAUAGAUUUAAACAAAUAAGAAAUAAUCAGAGGUACAACCAAGAGGAUGACACUAAUGCUAUGGAUGAUGACAUUGAUGUUUAGGAAGAUUUUUAGUAUAUUUUUAUUAGAAUUUU